GGGCAGUGACAGUGCCAGAUGUCAAAAUGGCCGCAGAUAUUGUGACGGUGGAGGAGUGCAAAAUUGUUUUUCCUGCAAAAAUCCGUGCUAAAACCUCCCGGAAGUGUGUGAAAAGUGUCCCAAAAGUGCCCAAGAGAUGCAGACUCUCCCACUGAGGUAUUUUCCCUGCAGGAGCAGUGAUAAUUAGUGGGAGAAUUAGGUGAUUUUUGGUGCCUCGGACGCAGCGUUUCGUAACUUUUUUUCUGCUGCUGUGUUCUCUUGAUUCACACUCUCCGGAUGAGGUGAAUCCGCAAGUGGGUGAAUGAAGAAUAGUUGACCGCAAAACGAAUUUUUGUGCCCCUUUUCUGUGCAGGUGAAAUUAGUUCUGGUGCAUAGAAUAGAAUUUUAAAGAAAAAUAGAAAAAAAAUGCUCCGCUUCCUGAGUCGACGACGUCACAGGAAUCCCCGUCCUGAGGACUCCACCACCAGAAGUCCACACAUCAAAUCCCAGCGGAUUCCCGUGAAUAAAAAUCUCAUUCAGUGCCGUAUCAUCUUGCUGGACAACACGGACCUGUCUGUGGAUCUCUCGAAAAAAGCCAUGGGGAUUGAUUUAUACGAGCAAGUGUUUUAUUCGCUGGAUCUCAUCGAGAAGGAUUACUUUGGACUCCAGUAUACUGAUGCGAAUAAUGUCAAGCAUUGGUUGGAUCCCACGAAGGCUGUCAAGAAACAAGUUAAAAUUGGUUCACCGUACACAUUGCGACUGAAAGUGAAAUUCUACUCAUCGGAGCCGAAUGCGCUGCGUGAGGAAUUGACCAGGUAUCAAUUCUUCCUGCAGCUCAAGCAGGACAUCCUCGAUGGACGCCUCGAGUGUGACACUCCGAAAGCAAUCGAACUCUCAGCUCUCGCUCUUCAAUCUGAAUUGGGUGACUUUGACGAUGCCGUCCAUACACCGGCCACAGUGUCGGAAUUUCGUUUUGUGCCCAAUCAGACUGAAGAGAUGGAGAUUGCGAUUCUGGAGGAGUACAAGACGUGCGUAGGCCUUACACCGGCUCAGGCUGAGAUGAAUUAUUUGAAUCGGGCCAAGAGUCUCGAGAUGUACGGCGUGGAUAUGCACACGGUGCUGGGAAAGGAUGGCUGUGAGUACCAUUUGGGUCUCACGCCAACGGGAAUUCUGGUAUUUGAGGGUGCCCAGAAGAUUGGGUUGUUUUUCUGGCCUAAAAUCGGCAAGUUGGACUUCAAGAAGAAGAAACUGACGCUGGUGGUGGUGGAGGAUGAUGAUGAAGGCAAGGAGCAGGAGCAUACUUUUGUAUUCCGACUGUACAAUGAGAAGGCAUGCAAGCAUCUGUGGAAGUGCGCAAUUGAGCAUCAUGCCUUCUUCAGGCUGAGAACGCCAGUCAAGGGACCCUCAGCCAGGCAGAAUUUCUUCCGGAUGGGCUCGAGAUUCAGGUACUCGGGCAAGACAGAAUUCCAGACGGCCCAUCAGAGCCGUGCCCGGAGAACUGUUCAGUUUGAACGGCGUCCUUCUCAGCGCUUCGCCAGGCGUCAAUCUCACGUGUUGCGGGAACGACAGAAGUCCACAGCACAGCCCCAGACGCCAUCGGAGCAGCCCCAAGUGUCCACGGAGGAGACAAAUACGUCUGUCUCGGUGACUCCUUCCCCAUCGAUUCAGACUGUGAUACAGAAUUAUGCGCCCACGAGUCUCGACAGUGCUCUGCUCAAUGGAAUUGUUUCCCUGGGCAGAAGCUCGACAAAAUCCUCAGCUUCUUCGGCCGAUGACACAGAAAAGGUCAAAGGGGCUGCAUCGGGUGGGUCCUUUGGGAAGGGGGGAAUUGAAUCUGGCAAGGAUGAGGGAUACAACAAAAUUGCAACGCAUCACAGUUCCUUCGGGAAGGCUUCCAUCAGUUCGGCGUUCAGUGUUAAGAGUGGAGCAUCUUCUGAGAGGGAUAGUCACAUUGAUAAUCUUCUGAAGACGAUAGCCAAGGAUACGUCGGCAGCUAUGCACGCUCAGGAAUCCCUCAAUGAUGCCAACAGCAUCCGUGUGACCAUCAACAAAACUUCCGAUCUCGAGAGCAACACUGACACACUUAAGAAGUUGGCUUCGGGGACGGAGAAGCCAAACAAUCAGACGAAAGUGACGAGUAUGGCUGGACCAUUGCCUCCCUCGCAGAUCAAGUGCAACAUUCUCAAAGCUCGCAAUGAGGAAGAUUCAGCUGUUUCGACACCAACGAAAAUGACCAAUCAACUGUUUGUUCAGCCACUUCCUCCCACUUCCGAUGGGCCAUCGUCCCUUGAAGCUGCAACAUUUGUCUCCGUGGGUGGUGAUAAACUCACGCUGAAUCUCACGGGAGUCUCAACAACAUCCAGUCCAACAUCGACACUCAACGGCAAACCAUCGACACCCAAGAAAUUCACAGCAACGGCAAUUGAUGGGAUGGAGUCAAAUGGGAAUGGGGAUUCUGUGACAGUGACACAUUUCUCGGAUCAGAGGGGUGUUGUGGAGAAAGUGAGUGUUCCUGCUCUCAGUAUUUUCAAUUCCGAACUGAAAUCACCGAAAAUGGACAAUACUGUGAGAGCUGCCAGUAAUUCCCUCAACACCAAUCAGAUCUGCAGCAAUCCCUUCCUCACGCCAUCCACUGAAACCUCACCAACUACCAAUAAUUGCAUCUCCACGACAAAUCCCUUCAGAGAUGUCCAGGAGGAGAAUUCAGGAGAGUCACAAGAUCCUACGACCCUUCAAACGGAUACAGCAAGAACUACCAGUACACCUUUCUUCAACAACAACCCAUUCAGAUCUGAGGAACCGCUCAUAGGAUCGCCCACAAAGACAUCGUCGGAGGAGAAUUCUAAGCUUCUCAAUGCCCUCAAUGCCAAUGAGACACAGAACACGAGUGCAGAUGAACAAAAUUCCAAGGAUGGUUUCACCACGAAAAAAGUGUCUCCAACUUCAACGAUGGACAUGGUGAGUCCAUGGCUCGUUUCAUCGGAAGUCGUGAGUGCUCCGCAGAAGGCCAAGGAUACCCCAAUAAUCCGAAAGUCCGUCAUAACAACUCAACUCUAAAAAGACUUCAAAGGUAUAUCUACAAUUUCCUAUCGACUUGCGUACUUUUUUUUUAAUCCUUCUAGACUUCUCCAGCUUUUUUGGAGUGACCAAGACAGUAAAAAUAGUUCUUUUAUAAAAAAAAAUAAUAGAUUAUACAUUUUUGCAAUAUUGAGGGGCUGUUGAAAAAAAAAACAAAUAGAGAAAUAACUAUUUUCUUGCUCACGAAUCGACAAAGUAUUACAAAUUCUACUUUGAUAAAUGGUUUUACUUGUAGACAAGAGACAGAAAAAUUAGCGAUAGUGUAUGAAAUGUGCCUUCUGCAUUUUUUUUUAGCAAGCUCUUUUGAGAGAUAAAACAUUUAUUUUUUCAUUACCGCGUUGUAACUUCCUAUGCUUAGAACGAUCUCAGAUAAUUUUUUUUAAGGAGAACAAUAACUUUUCAAGGAUCUUUUAUUCCAUUUGAGAAGGAAAUGAUAGUUUUUUUUUAGAGGAACUUAUGCUAAUGUCUACCGUUUCUAAAAAAGAAAACUCUUUUUGAGCUUAUCUAUCCUGCCUUUUUUUGCAAUAUAAUUCGUGGGCUUAUGGGGUUAGAUUGAUGAGAGAAAAUUAUUGAUAUAAAAUUGCAAUUUUUAGUGAAUUUGCUUAAUUCUUCCUGCCUCUCAUUGAAUCGUAGUUGAGUUGUUAGGAAUUUAUUAAUUAUUUUUGAAAUUGAUUUUUGAAGAGAAGUACUUUGCAAUGGAUUAAUUUAAAAAUGAGUUUAUUUAGGCAAAACAAAAAUUAAGAGAAAUAAUGUAGGAUUUGUUAUAGAUGAAUGAAAAAAAAAUCUCUUCCUAUAUUUUAUUAAUAUAAUCUAUUAUUCCAAGCAUUCUUCUUUAGAAAGUAUUAUUUACAGCAUUUUUUUCUUUAGUUAUUUAGAAGAAGAAUAUUGAUGAAAUAUUUUUUUUUGGUGCACUGUAUUGAGUGCCAUUUGAUAGCAAAAAAGAAGAGACAGAAAGAGAGAGAAUUGAUGGAGAAAAAUGUACUUGAUAUAAAUCUUUUACACAAAAGAACUUUGCAACAACUGAUGAUACAUUUUAUUACAGUGAGAAAAUAUACAAUGUAAUAGAUUUAA